AUGACAAACACAAAUAAUCCAAGAACCAUCUUGCUCCUUUCUUUCUUUGUAUUAUUUUUCUUCUCAUACUGUGAAGGUGGAGGAGGAGGAGAAAGAAAGGGAUAUGAUGGAGGAAGAACAAUAAAAGGAAUGUUUGUGUUUGGGAGUUCUUUAGUUGACAAUGGAAACAAUAACUUCUUAGAGAACUCAAGAGCUAAGGCUGAUUAUUUGCCUUAUGGGAUAGAUUUUUCUCUUGGUCCCUCAGGAAGGUUUACAAAUGGGAAGAAUGUGAUUGACCUUCUUGGACAUUAUCUUGGCCUUCCUUCUUCUAUUCCGCCUUUUUUCGACCCGUCGACGAAAGGAAAGAAGAUUAUUCAUGGCGUCGACUAUGCCUCCGGUGGCUCGGGAAUUCUAGACGAUACCGGCUCUAUCGCGGGAAAUGUAAUAAGUUUGAAUAGACAGAUAAAAAACUUUGAGGAGGUGACAUUACCAGAAUUGAGAAGCUUGAUGGCAUGGAGAAAUGGUAGAAAAAAGGAUUCAUUAUUAGACAAUUAUUUAUUUGUGGUGGGAUCAGGUGGAAAUGAUUAUUCAUUCAACUAUUUUCUCACCAACUCUGACCCUCAAAUCAAUCUCCAAACUUUCACUGCCAAUCUUACAGCCACCUUGUCUACCCAACUCAAGAAGUUGUAUAGUUUGGGAGCAAGGAAAAUGGUGUUGAUUUCAGUAAAUCCAUUAGGGUGUAGUCCAAUGGUGAGAACAAACAACAAAGGACAAUGCAUUGAGAUACUAAACCAAGCAGCUCAAAUGUUCAAUUUCAACUUGAAGACAUUAGUGGAUAUCAUAAAGCCACAAAUGCCCCUCUCCAACCUUGUCUUCCUCAAUUCAUACAACAUUAUCAAUGACAUCAUCUCACAACCUGCCUCCAAAGGUUUUAUUGAGGCAGCUAUGCCCUGUUGUGAAGUGCCAUCUCUGAAUGAAGGUGGAAAUGGAAUUUUGUGCAAAAAUGGAGGAAAAACUUGCCCAAACAGAACCAACCAUGUCUACUUUGACGGGUUACAUCCAACAGAAGCUGUCAAUGUCCUUAUAGCAUCCAAAGCUUAUGGUUCUCAACUUGAAACUGAAGUUUAUCCCACUAAUGUUCUUCACCUUGCCAAUAUAUAGAUAUCUUUAUCACUAUGUUUUACCUUUGUAAGCUAUUAGUAAGUAGUAACAUUAUCAGUUUAUGUACCUUUCUAAAGCUUUCAUCAUGUUGUUCCAAGAUCCCAAAAUUGAAACAUUUGU